AGACAACUAUUACAGUAAUAUAUCCUGUUACAACCGAGGUUCCCACGCUUGUGGAAUUAACAGAGGCCUUAUCGUCGAUAACGGGUCAUUGGGAAGUUAAUAUUACUAGCCCUUAUGUAAAUGAAACAAUUGAAAUUUUGACCACUGAGUUGACUGUAGAAACAGCUAAAACGACUGAAUUUACUAUAACAUCAAUCGUGUCCCCUGUCGUUACUACGACCGAAGCAGAAGUAUAUGAAAUAUAUGAGGAAACAGUUCCUAAAGAAGAAUACGAAGAAAAGGAUGAAGAGGCGGAGGAGGAGGAAGAAGAAGAGACAUUCAGUCCACCUUGGUACGACUAUGAAGAACUAAAUAUUACAACUCCCUUUGUGACUAUUCCUGAAAUUGUAUCUACUACUUUAACUCUAUUAUUUACUGAGGAAACAACAUUGAAAAGUCCAGCUAUUGAAACAACGACAAAGGAAUCCAUUGGGAUAGAAAUAACUAAAAAGUCUAAUAUCACUACUUUGAAGUAUACGCUGCCUCCAACUUCGAAAUUCACUACGGAAUAUUUGCCAAUCGAUUAUUUGGAAGAAAAUAUUACGAGACCGGCGAAAGUUACAACACUCAUACCCAUAACUUCUACAAAGGUAUCGAAUAUUACUAAAGAAAAAGUUAGCAAGCUACCUAUUUCUCCUGCAUCAACAACACCUAUGGUGACACGUACGACGAAUCAAGAACAAAAGAAACAACGCCAAGAGGAAAAGAAAGAAGAGUUGAUAGAAGAACUGAAACAAUUAGAACAAACUGCGGAAAUAAUUAUAGAUAGAGAGAAAAAGCUGGAUACAGAAGAGAAAGAAUGGGAAAUGAAUAAGGCAAGACGAAUGCACGAAAUCUUCCAAAAACAAAAAGAAAUGAAAACCGCUUAUGAAACCAAGUCUUCUUCAACAACAGGAACUGAACGUGUCAAUGGAGAACCGUCAGUUUUACCCGAAGUAACACCUCCGGUUAAUGCUACGGCCCCCAAAACUGAUGUUGUUCCAAUGAAACCAGAAAUGACAAUACAUCCUGCAAUGACGACAGAAGAUGAACUCGAGGCAGAAGUUGAAGACCUGAAGAAGAAAUAUUCCGAAAAAGAGAAAUGGCUGGAGGUACCACCUACAGAGAAAACGACAAUUGAAAUUCGAGAAACAACAGUAGCGGAACCUACAAAAGAGACUAGUGUGAGAAAAAUCAUCACACAGUCUCAGGAGGAAGAAGAAGAAGAAGAAGAACACGAAGAACGGGUGAAAGUAAAAGACACGACGAAGAUGUGUUUGAAUGUUUUAAAGUCAAAACCUUUGGAAGAACAAGCUGAAGGUUUAGUGACAGGAAAACUUUGCUUACCGUUCAGUCCAGAUAAAGAGCAGAGAACAAAGAUCAGUGGACUGCACCUUAAAGAACACGAAUGGACUGAAAGUGCAUUUACGAAGGGUCAUGAAAAAUCGCAGACAGAAUUGGAGAAGCAGGAGAAUCGAUUUAAACGAAACAUUCCUCAGAGAGAGAAUGUUUGUCCUGAAUUCCUGAUUAAUCAAUUUACUAAUGAAAAUGAAGAUAUAAAGACGCAAAUUGAGCAGCCAUUUUCCAAAUAUGGAAAUCGUAGCUUUCGGCUUACGAAUAUUUUCAUGAUCACCGAAGCGUCAAAGACUACUGAGAAGAGUUAUUGGAAAAUUAGUAGUAACAGAUAUAAGGUUAGAUCUAUGUUGCAAGUUAUUGAAGUUGAAGAUAAAGAGAAUGAGGAAGACGAUGAAAUAAUUGUGAAAAGAGAUGAAACAGGUGUUGAAAGUUGUUAUUACGAGGAUCAAGUCGAAAGAAAUCCGAGACAAGACGAAAGCACUUCCCCAGGUACAACGGAAAGUACAGAUGAUGAAAUCGAGGAGGAGACUGUAAAAUCCGAGAUUGAAUCGAGCGAAGAUAAUUCGUUCAAGAAUGAUGCAGAUAGAAAAACAGAAUCUGUUCCGGAGAAGGAAACGUAUAGUAAGGAAGAUGAAGUGGAGGAAGUAACUGAAAGCCAACGUAUUAAGGAAAAACCAAGUGAAAGAAAGUACAAAGAUAAAGAUAAAGAAAAAGACGGUAAAGGUAAAGAAAAAUCGAGACAGACACCUGGUCCGGAAUGGCCAACGGAAGCUUUAACCGCUUAUCACGUAGGUGGUACUAAAAUCUGGAUGCUAGAGUAUCCAGAACGCGAGUUUUCGGAAUUGAAGGAAGGCGAGCAAGAUGUGGAAAACGUCGGAGAACGACCACUCGAGGCAACGACUUGCUACUAUGUUAUUCUUGAGAACGAGGAGGGCAGUAUCGAAAAUCCCGAGAAAGAUUACGAUAAAGAAAAUAGCUUUGAAUCAUCCUUAAAAGAGUAUAUUCCAAAUGCAAACGACCAAUAUCCCAGGUACAGAUAA